AUGCCUUCAAAAUCAAAGUCAGAGGAUGAGACGUACCCACCUCAGGAAGUUCAUUACUUGAAAGAUAUCGUUAUAGGGUCCAAUGAACCUGAGCCCUUUUACACUAAAUAUCAAACAGGAGUACCCAUUGCCAUAGAUCUAGGAACGUCUACUUGGAGAAUAGGACUUACAAAUAAUACGGAACCAAAUAAUAUAUUUCCAGCAGUUAUAUCGAGGCACAGGGAUCGAAAGCUUUCGAAAACAUUAACUAUCAUUGGAAAUGACGUCUUAAGUGACUCGGCGUUGAAGUCAACGACAAAGACCCCUUAUGAUGGACCUUUAAUUACAAAUUGGGACUAUAUUGAAUUUAUGCUUGACUACUCCUUUGAACAUUUGUCUGUACAAAGUACUAAUGGGAAGGUGAACAACCCCAUAAUCAUGACAGAGCCACUAACCUGUCCGUAUAACCAACGAAAGACUAUGUAUGAACUCCUAUUUGAAGCUUAUCAAGUUCCAAAGGUUUCCUUUGGACUUGAUUCGUUAUUUUCCUAUUAUGCAAAUUCAGAUGGAAGGUCUACUGGGUUGGUAAUUGGAACAGGAAAUGAACUGACGUCGAUAAUUCCGGUGAUAGAUGGUAAAGGGUUGAUAUCUCAAGCAAAGAGAAUCGACUGGGGUGGAGAUCAAUCACAGCUGUAUUUGUCCAAACUCUUGAGCUUGAAGUAUCCAUAUUUUCCCAACAAAUUGAAUGCCAAACACACUACAAAUUUGUUUAAAGAUUUUUGCUACGUCUCGGAAGAUUACCUGGAGGAACUAAAGCAUAUUCUAGAUAUGGAUAUUUUAGAGAAGAAAGAUGUCGUAGUUCAAGCACCAGUCGAGAUAUCUGUCAAUAAUGAAAAUAAGAAGAGUGAGGAAGAGUUAGCAAGACAAGCAGAAAAACGAAAAGAGCAAGGGAAACGUUUACAGAAGCAAGCUCAACAAAAAAGAAUAGAAAAGCUUGCUCAGAAACAGGAAGAGUGGGAUUAUUACUCGAAAUUGAAGGAGGACAAUGCUGAUUUACCUGCGUUUGAGUUUGAAAAUUUAAUUGUGCGUGACGGGUUUGACGAUCUUGAUGACUUUAAAAAGUAUAUGGCUUCUUUGGAACGGUCAUUAAAGAGGGCGGCUCAUGCUGACGAUGAUGGUGGAGAUGAAGAUGAUGAAACUGCGGACCCAGCCAAGGCAUGGCCAUUGGUUGACAUUCCUGAUGAUCAAUUGACCCAAGAUCAAAUAAAGGAAAAGAGAAAGCAAAAACUACUCAAGGCCAAUGCGGAAGCACGUGAACGUAAUAGAGAAUUAAAAAGGCAAGAACAAGAGGAGCAAUUGCUUCGGAAGGAGGAAGAACGGAAAUGGAGGGAACGCGAUUUAGAUGAUUGGUGUACCACCAAAAAAGUUGAAUUGGCAGAGCUUAUUAGCAAAGUCAAAGAUAGACAAAAAUUACUUGAAUCCAUGAAGGAUAGGAAAUCUGCUGCGGCCCAACAACGUAUGAAGAAUAUUGCCGAUUUAGCAAAUGAUGAGACAGGAUCCACCUCAGCAGCUUCCAGGAAGAGACGUCGUAAUGCUAAUGCAACAAUUGACAACGAUCCUAACGAUACCUUUGGAACAAACGAUGAUGAUUGGAAUGCAUAUAGGGAAAUUUCGAAUCAAACUGUGGAGGAAGAGUUGGAGGAAUUGAACAAGGGGAUACUCGCCAUAGAAGAGCAACUUUUGAAACAUGACCCGAAUUUCCAUCAUGAGGAUACUUUUGCCGCUGCCAACACGUUUGAUUGGAAAAACCUGGUACUUCACAAGUUUGUACAUGGACCUAGACCAAACAUCACUAUCGAAAUGCAAGCUGAGGGUUUGUCUCCGGAAGAAAUUGUAAACCAUCCGGAAAUCAUAAGAAAGAAUCAUCAAAUUCAUCUAAAUGUCGAACGUAUUAGAGUCCCAGAAAUUUUGUUUCAACCAACACUUGGUGGUCUUGAUCAAGCAGGCAUCACUGAAAUAUCUAGCGAUUUGUUACGUAGACGCUUGGAUGGAAUUUUUCAACCCGGUGGUCAAUCGUAUAGCAUGGCUAGCGAUGUAUUCAUAACAGGAGGAAUGGCUUUGCUUCCUGGAUUUAGGAACAGGUUAAAGAGAGAUUUCACUGAAUUUUUGCCAACGGGAACUCCACUUCAUGUGCGCACUGCCAAGGAUCCUUUGUUGGAUGCAUGGCACGGUAUGCACAAAUGGGCUAAUUGUGAUGAUUCCAAAUAUGCGUAUGUCACCAAAGCUGAGUUUGAGGAGUACGGACCAGAGUACAUAAAGGAACAUGGUUUGGGAAAUGCAUGUAUUCUAUAG